UCUUGCCGAGACUCAGAUAUAUGCUGUGGAACACCGCUUUCGUUUUUGAAGAUUGUGUGCAGGGAUCGUAUUUGACCACUGUCGAGUCUCCAGAAAAAUGGACCUGAAGAGAGGGCGAACACCGUCCCCGAUACCACAGCGGCUUCCCAGGCAGAUCCAAAAGUUCAUACCCAUCAUAGUCGCCUGCAUUUUCUUUGUGUUCCUAAUACCUCGAGGAGCGCUGCCCGAGUCAAAGCCGAUCCAGUUCAUAUCACAAGCCGAGUUUCCGCGAAAGAUCUGGCAGCUGUGGAAAGUCAAUGUUCUUUCACUUGACGCACGAGACCAACCGCGAGCGAAAAGCUGGGUGGAUCUAAACCCCGGUUUCAGAUACGAGGUCCUGACGGAUGACAAUGACCAACACUACGUUGAGGUGGUAUACGGUCCGGACGGCUUGAAUCGUCCUGACAUCGUCUCAUGGUAUCGAACAAUCAAUGCAAAAAUCGUCAAGGCUGAUGUCCUUCGAUACCUUGUCAUGUACGCUGAAGGAGGGGUGUACACCGACAUAGACGUGGAAGCUCUGCGUCCCGUGUCGCAAUGGAUUCCACAGCAGUACGACCAUAAGAACAUUGACAUGGUGAUCGGUAUCGAAAUCGACCAGCCCGAGUUUGCAAGCCAUCCAAUCCUCGGAAAGAAAAGCAUGUCGUUCUGCCAAUGGACGUUCAUGGCAAAGCCUGGUCAUCCAGUCAUGCUCAAACUUGUCGAAAACAUCAUGGCUUGGAUGUCUGAUGUGGCCAAGAGACAGGACGUUUCGAUAGCCGAUGUCAAGCUCAAUUUCGACGACAUCAUUGCUGGCACGGGACCUUCAGCGUUCACAGAAGCUUUCCUAGAGUACAUGUCAUCGAAGCUAGGUUACAAGGUCGAAUGGAACACGUUUCACAAUAUUGCCGAAUCGAAGCUCGUGGCUGGAGUGCUCGUCCUGACUGUCGAAGCGUUCGCCGCAGGCCAAGGACACUCUGAUUCCGGCACGCACAACACGCGUCGGGCGUUGGUCAAGCACCACUACCACGCAUCUGGAUGGCCAAGCUCUCAUCCACGGUUCAGCCAUCCCAUGUACGGCGAGGUUGAGCGGUGCAACUGGAACAGGGAGUGCGUUGAGAAGUGGGAUGCGGACACAAGUGCCUUCAACCAGCUGUCCCCGGCGGAGCAGACUAUCAAAUUAGCGGUCAAGAUGGCAGUCGACGAGGAGCAGAAGCAGAAAGAAGCAGCGCUGAACAAUCUUAAUCAGGCACAGGGCAGGCCCGCUGAAGCGCCGGCUGCGUUCCCCAUGUGAGCAAUCUCGCCAGAGGUGUUUACGCGAGAUGGAAUCGAGGAAGCUGCCUCAUAUACCAGCUGAGAUGGCGUUACGACGAAACUUAAAUGUAGAAAUAUAGACAUUAAUCACGCAUGAAGUCACUGGUGCAGUCGCCCAAGCUUAAAGCGGCGAAGAAACACGUGCAAUUCGCUGUCGUUUAGGUGUUGCAUGUGAGUGCCUAGCUAAGCUAAGCCAUGCGAAGGAAUCGCUGUUGUGCAGCGUACAAGAAGGAAAAAGGAAGAGAUUAUUGUGCGAAAUAUUGCAUUGAUUGCAU